AUGAAGGAGAAAUUCCAAAAAAUGAAAAUAACGUCGCUCCAACUACAGAUAGCUAUUACCACAGAAAGUUUGGCAGCUGAAAGGUCACAGAAGCUAGAUGCCCUUGAAUGUCUUAAGACUUUAGAAAAGAAUCAAGAUUCUUUAAAGGAGGAGCUUGAAAGGGUCCAACAGAAUGCAUUGACUGCGAAUAAGAAGGUGGAAACAUUAGAAGAUCAAAAUAAAACGUUGCAAAAGCAUAACAUCAAACUUGAAGAUCAACUUGAAAGAGCUACUAAUGCAAACAAAAACCUAGAAAGGGAGAAAGAUAUGAUAUUAAAGUACAGCAUGACAUUGGAGAAACCGUGUCUCAUUUAUGAGGCUCAGAUUGCUGAUGCUAAGACAAAUGUCAUGAAACUUGUUAUGAUUGAUACAAAAGCAAAUUCAAGAGAUGAUGUUGUCAAGCAAAAAGGAACUGCAUUGAGGGAUGCAGAUAUACUCUAA